GAUGUUCCUGGUGGGUGUGGCUUGUCCUGGACAGUGGCUGCUACUGUGUCUUUUGUGCAGGGAGCGGUGAUCAGGACUCAGCUGCGAAGAUGGAACCUUACCCUCUAUCCUGAAUCGUGGAAAAGGAGCAGAGCCCUGAUGGGUUUUCCUGCAAGGUAACACAUAGCAUGCGGCGUCAGCGUUAAGCUUCAUGGAGAGCGAAAGUGUCUUGCACAUUUCCUAAACAAUGUUGGCUGAGGAUAUUCAGAGUGAUGUCAGGGUCGAGGAACAACCCCAUAAGGAAAAUAAAAGCGCCCCCCAGAGCCCCCUGAGAGGAACUCUGCGCAGAGCUGCUGCAGCAGUGUCAUUUGAGGGGGUAACCGGAGAGACCACUGUAGAGAGGAAAAGGAAAAAGAAGAAGGAGCCUCGUCCAGAGUCCAUCAUUGUCUAUCGUUCUGACAGCGAGAAGGUGCUGGAAGAUGAGCAGGCUGAUGAUGAAGGAGGAGACCGGAAAGCAGAGGAAGGUUCCAGAUUUCUGGGAACUCCAAUGGCUGAUGGAGGAUGGAAUAUGCCACCUGACAGCCGCUAUGUUACCUUAACUGGAACAAUUACUCGAGGUAAGAAGAAGGGCCAGAUGGUGGACAUUCAUGUCACACUUACUGAAAAAGAACUUCAAGAGCUUGCCAAAUCCAAAGAGCCUUUGCCUCCAGAGCCAGAGGAAGGCAAGAAGAGAUAUUCCACAGGCUGGGAUAGGGGUCCACACAUUGUUCUUUGGAGUCUACUUUGCCUUCCAGUUGUGUUUGUCCUCUCCUUUGUACUGUCCUUCUAUUAUGGAACUAUCACCUGGUACAACAUCUUCUUGGUGUACAACGAGGAGAGGACUUUCUGGCACAAAAUCACUGUUUGCCCCUUCCUAAUCAUUUUCUACCCCAUCAUUAUUAUGGUUGUGUCCCUGUCCUUAGCCCUCUACACAGCAGUGACACAAAUCUCCUGGUCUUUUGAAGAGUGGUGGCAAGCGGUGAGGGACAUGGAGAAAGGAUUCUGUGGCUGGAUCUGCAGCAAAUUAGGCCUUGAGGAUUGUUCCCCGUACAGUAUUGUGGAGCUUCUGGACUCAGACAACAUCUCUGGAAGUCUGUCGGCAAAAGGCUCCACGCAAGGGGUAGAAACAUCAGCUGUUUGAUGUUUUGUUGCCUUCCAAUUUUGUUCCUUUAAAUAUUUAUCACAUUGGAAUUAGAAUUCUCUUGUGCCAAUGUGCAUUCAAGACCAGACUUGCCAUGAUCAGAUGGGUGCUGAAAAUAUUAUUCACUAAACAUUAUUAUCUCAUUGUUCUUUUUGGUUUUUUCAACAAUGUUUUUUUUUCACAAAAAAUUGUCUUUAUGCAGUCACAAUUAAUGUGAAUUCUCACUAAGCCAGGGAACUUUCUGUAACACUUGUACAAUAAUGCUCCAGUGCUUCUGGAUCUGCCUUUUAUUAUCACAGCAGUAACAAGUUCACUGCUCGCCAUAAAUCACAAAUAUGUGUCUAGCUUGCAAUAUUUGUACAUGGCCAGGCCCAACAGCACUUGUUACUGGGACUCUGCUCUAAAGGUGGCCAUAGACGCAAAGAUCCGCUCGUUUGGCAACAUCGCCAAACGAGUGGAUCUUUCCCUGAUAUGCCAUUAACAGGCAUGGCUAUAUCGGGGGUAAUCUGAUUGUUUGGCCAUAUGGCAGAACGAUCCGAUUAUGAUGUGCCAUGGGCUCCGGCGGGAUUGGUCAGGUCAAAAUCAAACCUGACCAAACGACCGAUCUCCGCCGGACGAAAGAUGUCGGCACACGCCACACACGAUCCGAAAAGCAUACGAAUCCUCGAUUCGUACGAUAGGAUCUGUGUGUCUAUGGCCACCUUAACAGUCCAGCCAUUCUAUGGGGUGUAAUGUUCUUUCUAGAGGAAUCCAGUUCAGAACACAUAACAAGAAUGGAUAACCAAUUUUUAUUUAUUCACAGGUAUUGAAAUCUCUGUAUGUUGCCUUUAUAUUUGCUUGAGAAAAAAUAAGGGACACGUCUGAUUUA